CCCCAUGUCCCCAUGUCCCUGUGUCCCCGUGUCCCCGCAGGCGCGGUGCUCGGGGCCAGCGGCCCCGCAGGACCUGGCGGUGCCCAACGGGAGCUGGAGCGCGGCGAUGCGCGAGCACUACGAGCGCCUCCUGCGCCGCACCGCCGACGGCUCCUGGUGCCGCGUCCCCUCCUACCGCCGCGGCCUCGACCACUUCCCAGCGGCCGGGCAGAGGACGGGGACGCGGCUGUUCCUGCGCAGCGCGGACACCGAGGGCGCCGGCUUCGAGUACGUCACCUUCCUGCACGGCGCCGGCGACCGCGCGCUCUGCCUCUGCCAGCUGGGGCCGUACCUCGAGGGCCACCCCGGCUUCGUGCAUGGCGGCGCCAUCGCCACCAUCGUCGACACCACGCUGGGGACCUGCGCCCUGAAGGCCGCCGGCAGCGUGAUGACGGCCAAGCUCAGCAUCGACUUCCUGGCCCCCGUGCCGCUGGGCUCCGUGGUGCUGGUGGACGGCCGCGUGGAGCGGCGCGAUGGCCGCAAGCUGUUCCUGUCCUGCCGGGUGCACGGCGCCGCGGGGGACACGCUACACGCCGAGGCCACCGGUGAGGACGGGGGGCACCGGGGGGGAGGGGGGGGAACGGGGACACCGACACCCCCGUCCCCAAACCCUCCCUCCCCGGGUCCCCAUCUCAGG